AUGCGUUGGCAGGCUCUCCCCCAGGCCCCGCACCAGUGUGCCCAAGGCAUCCAGGAGUUGAGUGUUGCACUUUCAGGUGGCAGGGGAUCGGCUGCAGGCGGAGGUCCUGUCAAGGCCCGGUGCAGUCAGCAGGAGAUAACAGCUCCAGAGCAGAGGGUUACCACACAGGGGCAAGACCUGGAGGCUGCUCACAGCCAAACCACUGAAAGGAAGCAGUGUGCCAGCUGGGACAUGUAUUCAUGUUACAUCCAGGAGCGGGCAGGAGGAGAAGACUUUGUUGUCAGCAGGUGGGCGUCGGCAGAGUUGGUGAAUACUGAGCAGCUCCAGAGCAGGAACCGCAAAGCUACAGUCCAAAGUGAAGGUUUUGUGUUCAGUCUCGUGUCCACAAGACGCUCUCCGCUGUCAACUGGUUUGUCCUGGAACCUACUGUAUAUCGACCAGGCCUCAGUGACACAGCAGCUGCUGGAAACCUGCUCAGUGCACUGCUGUGCUUUGACUGCGAGAGGAGUUCUGAUUAGUCAAGCAGAGAGCCAACAGAUAAUGAGAAGAGUCUCGGCUGACGACCUCCCCAAGCCCGUGUUUCUGCAGAUUUGGACGUCACUUUGAUUGGGCGGAUCCCACCUUUCCAAUCCCAGGGACACACAUUCAUCUAUUAAUGUUAGGCACUUAAACCAUAUAAAAGGAGGAUUUGUUAAACCUCACUAAGUUUUCAUGAAUGGUUUUGCAGUACUAUACACUCAAGAGCUGCACUAGUGUAUAGCACUGUUGUUAUUUUUAGCUUUUUUGAGUUUGGGGUCUCAUUUAAUGACUUAACGGAUUUGGUUUUGUGCUUAGAUUGCCUAUGUGACUGUAAUUAUUUAGAAUGUGUUCAGUAAAGCUUAAAAACUAAUCUUGAACCAGUUGAAAAGGUGGCGGUGGUCUAAUGGUUAGACGUCUGAGUUACCAGGGCUGUCACCAUUGUGCCCCCAGGGAGACUGUCCUUGUGGUUAGUUCACUGUGAGUCAGUCUGAAUAUAAUCAUUAAAAUGUAAAAAAAAAGGUUCCUGUAUUAUACAUUAUUAGAGACUUUAUUUAUGGAGGUGGAAA